GUGGGCAGGGACAGAAAACAUCUGGAGGGGAAGUGCUGACACACGCUCUUGUUUUAUGUGUGUCACCUGGCUGUGAAUGCUGCAAUAAAAAAUAGUCUCCUACAAGACAGGUCAAUAAAUAAAUUUGAAAUUGCAGGCUUUAUUUCUCAACGAGUCAUGCUCCAUGUAUUUUCAUGUACUAAGGAUGUAAACACUUUUCUGAUUGUCGCGAAGCUGUUUCUCUAAUUCAGAGUGGUUUCCAAGCCAUUCCAAGCAAUUUUCUAACCUCUGCUAGAACAUUUAGCAAAUGUAUCCUACAUCAGUACUUAGGCCAGCCAGACAAGAUAUUUACAUCCUUCCCCAGCUCUGAGCUUUUACCACUGUCCAGAAAGAACACAGCAACUAAAUCUUGUUGUGAUGAGGCAGAACUAUCCCAGCCAAGCUUUUGCCUCUUUGUCUGGCUGAUGUCUCUGCAGCAGCAAUUAUUUAAAGCUCUGUGAAGUGCUGUAAUUCACAUGUCUCUGUAAAUAAAUGAGUAUCUUGGGAGAAAGGCUAUGGCAGCUAAUGGGGAAUGAGAAACUUGGAAAGGACCUUCUAGUCAGUAUAUUUCUGACUUCAGCAGGACAAAGAACCUGCCCGAGAGCUAGAUGUGCAGAUUUUAAGAAAAAGGAGGGGAGAUAAUAAAAGUUGCAAACGAAGAACAGUUUGGUGUACUUUGAAAGGGGCAAAACCAGGUACAAGGUGCUCUGUAAGUCUUUAUAGACAUUAUGAUGUCAGGCUUAAUCAUGUACAUGUUUUAAAAUGGUUCAGAAUACAGUUCAAAACUUAAAAUUAGAAGUAGUUCAGCAAUAUUUGUUUUGUAGCCAAUAGCUGGUGUAAGCCCAUAGUCGAGUGAGGAUUUUAGGUAGAGAUUUUGUUUGUAUAUACUGGGUUUUUUACCUUUUUUUUUUUGUUUGUUUUAGCCAGUACAUUUCUGUAGAAAAUAAUCUAAUUCUUAAGAUCAUAGGCUGGUUUAUGUUGGAAGGGACCUUAGAGAUGAUUUAGUAGCAAUGUGUGUGCCUACGGGUGACAAGGAAUUGGCAGAUGUCAGUGACGAGUCAGGAAUUUCUCCUUGCUGUGGAGAGUUAUGAUGUAGCAGAGAGAGAAGGCUUGGCUACAAAACUACAGGUGUCAUCAAGUGCAGUUCUUUACUAGAUCUGCCAGAGCUCAGGAUUUGGAAUAACCUGGAAAGUGGAUAAGAGACAGAAUUCUUCUUUCCACUCUGGGGACCUGGCUUGAUUGCUGGAGCUGCCUCCUCACGCUCUAGCCAAAGAUAGCAGAUGAUUUUUAAUGGCCACACCUCUUUAGGAUUGUUAUUUUUUUGUCUCCUCCAAUAAAGGAUGGAAGAAAUGUUGUUCUGUUUCCGAAAAAUACGACGGGCAUCGUAAGUGCUUCCAAAACUAAGAAUUCUUUAGAAGAAUAACCGUGGUCUGGGGAGGAGUGGACUCAAAUUCUUUGUUAGUGCCAUGUUUGCCUAACAGGACCCUUAUUAAUUUAAUUAGUAUUUAUUGUGCUGACCCAAUUAUAAAACGUAUAUCAGCUUCUUCUGGUUUUUAGCAAGUUCCAAGGAAAUGGAAGCGGUAGGUUCUGUCGCAGAAUCACAGAAUGGUUUGGGUUGGAAGGGACCUUGAGGAAUCCUCCCAUUCCAACCCCCUGCCAUGGGCAGGGACACCUUCCACUAUCCCAGGUUGCUCCAAGCCCUGUCCAAGCCAGCCUUGGACUCUUCCAGAAAAGUAUUUCUGCAGCUUAUAUUGUUGCAUGACUAAAAGUUUGUGUUUACGUUGUUGAAUUUACAGAUUACUGUAUCAAUUUGCAACAUGGAGUUUUCUUGGCUGGUUUCCAGCAUUUGUGAUGGAAUUGUGCUGGCAUUCCUAAUCCUUGAGAGAGCCUGAAUUCAGACUAGCACACAGGGUGUUAAUGGAAAAAUGAAAGCAUUCUUGAUUUUUGAAGUAUUUUUUGUGUGAAAGAGCUUGUGCUUUAGAAUGUGGUUGGAGGCUCCUUGGUGUCCCUGCAAGAGCAGCCUCCAAGCCAGGCAACUGGCUGAUUUAGAGCCUACGGAAUUGCUGCUGUCCCCAAACUCCAGCCAGUGCCAGGAAACCACAAGAAUCGAACAAACAAUAGGAUUUGUUUGGUAAAAAAGAUUUUUUCCCAACCCUGCAAGAUGUCAUUUGUUGUACAUCAGGGAUUUAUGAGGAGGGAGAAGAAUUCCACUUCUUUGAGCCCAGUCUCAAGGGAAUGUAUGAGCAUGUCUUUGGGCCUGUGAAGAACUUCUGAGCUGCUUCAGGGAAGGCACACACAGCUUAGGGACUGGUCAGGACAGCUCCCAGAAGUGCUGAGGAAGUUGAGUGCAGCUCAAGUGUGACGUGACUUCAUCUCUUUAGCUUCUGAAAUGAAUUUUGCUUGUCCCACACUCAUCCAGCACAGUGGUUGAAGGCUAACCUUUCCCAGCACUGCAUACACGAUGCCUUUCCCUGUAUACAUUUCACAGCCUGCUGUAGGCUGUGUGACCCACAACAGCUUGGAACUUUUCUAAAACUUCCGGGAUAUCCUGGAAAAGUUUUAUAUUACAUGGCAUGACUUAAAUAUUUCCCAGGCAUUUUUCUGAGAACAUUUUUUUCAGAUAAAAUAGCGGUAAGCAGAUAUUGAUUUUGUGCUAAGGAAAAGAAAAUAGUUUUCCUAGAAGCAAUGUAGCAUGAAAACCCCUGUCCUGUUUCAUACAGAAUUAAAGGCAUGUGUUAUUGGGACAAAAUCAAACCAGAUUUCUGAUGAACUCUUGAUAGUUUUAUUACCACUCAAAACCCAGGUAUUGGAAAUUCUCAUUGGAACUGAACAGCCAAGAAAGAUGUAAGCAGCUGAAAGUUUUUGGCUUCGGUUUUAUCUUUUUAAAACAUAGAAUUGCUCUUUCAAUUGCCUGAAAUGAACAUGAAGGACAUAGGUCACAAUUAGCAAUAAUAUCAGUGAGAUGGUCUGGAAAGAAUCAGCCUUACUGGAGCCUCUCCCAUCUUGAAAAGGUGAAAUUGAAAUCUUUAACACAUUUCUCUUCUAAGAAACAGGAACUGCAGUUGCUUUCUGUGGUAUCGAGUUCAGGUGAGCAGUCCUGGGAUUCUGAGGUAGGUGGUUUUAAUUUCUCCUUGGAUGACUCUUCCCUUACAAUCUUGGUGUAAAUAAUUAAGCUGAUAACUGUUUCGCUGCCCUAUCAGGCAUUUAGCAGAGACUUGCCACAGUUAAAUGGUGCAGAACCUGAAGAUCUUGCAACCUUAAAUACUUAAAGAUAAUGAUAAAACACUGGAAACAAAACUUGUAGAGUUGUAGAGGAAAAGUCAUUGGCAAGACAUGCUCUUUGCCUUAUAAAAAUCUUGAAAAUUUAGAGGUACCAAUAAAAUCUUUUGAAAAUGAAAAGAAAGAAAUACCAGAUUGGCCUAGGAGUUUGGUGUGGAACCAGCAGCUCUUGGCUGUGUACAAAUUCUUUCAAAGAAACAGUUGGAAAAGCUCUUUGCAGGGUUUUUAUUGUGUUUUUCUUUGUCACUUUUGUUGCCAGAAUGAUUUAAUGUGGGCUGAAUACUUGCUGUGUCUUAUUCUCUCAAAGUUUUUUUACACAAGCAUCUCAAAAAAAGGCAACUUUUCUCUGUUAGACAGCUCAGGCUGGCUCUUUGGAGCAGAGGAGCAGCAACUGCAAGGUAGGAUAAUCCAGAUGGAUUUUGGAAGGCCUCAGGCCAAGGCUGUGUAUCCUGGGCCUCAGGAGUCUGCUUAUGGCUUUGCCACAGCAAUCAGAGACGGUCGUUCCCUGGUUUGCAGUCCUGUUUACUGAGAAUGGCAAGAGAGAGCCUGACUUUGAGACGUCCCAGGAGCCACAGAUUGUAGUAAAACCACUGAAAUGUCAGUGGUUCAAGUGGUUAGUGAUUCAUAUGGCACCAAACCCAGGAAUAAUUGGGAAUUUCUAUUGAGCAAUGCUGUAUUUUUGUAAGAGUAGAAAAGUUGCACUAGUUGAGCAGAUAACUGUCCAUCUGGCCUAAUAUCCCACUUCUGGGUACUUGAAAGCAAGGUGUUAGUCUGCCUCUCCUCAAUAUCCUGUUAAUUAUCCAACACUGUAGCUGUGUUGGGCUUGGAGCAGAGGGGAUUUCUUCCUGAUCCCAGCUGGUGAUCAGCUUAUGCCUUGAUGGUAUGGACUGAUAGCCCAUAUAUAAUUCUUAUAUAAGCCAGCAGCAGUUUCAAAUUUAAUCCUUUUCGUAAUGGAAAUUGCAUUUAUGUUUUGCAGGCAUCCACCAGGCGAGGUGGAAUCUUAAAUAUUCCAGCAGCCUUUGGAAGUUUGCUGCCUAGUUUGUCUCAGUAGCAUCAUCCAACCUCCUGUGAAUUUGGUUAAACCACAGCUGCACUUAGCCUCUCUCAUAACAGUAGGAGCCGAAUCUUUUCAUCCAUGAUGAAUAAAGUCCUAUUAUGUCUAACAAGAUUGACCCCAAUCCUCCCUCAUAGGACAGGCAGCGCUCCAUCUGUACAAAUUUCAGGCACUAAAUUCCUCUUCACUCUAAAAAGUCUCUGAUUUUGUGGAUAGUUUGAGCAGCCAUGGUUCUGUUAUUUGCUGGCCCUUUUCAAGGACACCCAAAAGCUGUGGUGGGCUUUUCCUGGUCUACAAAGACUCCAGGUGUUCUUUGUAGAUGCCUCCCAUUGGUGUGGAAGAAAUAUUGGUAGUUGGGAUUAAGUAUUUUGGAUUUCAAAGAUGGGAUUUCUUUACAGGAGCAAGCUCUUGGUCUCUCCUUCUAAUUUACUAAUGCUGUCACUUCCUUCUGGGUUUUGGCUUGCUUCCAGUCUAGUCUGAACAGCAGCUGUGACCAAAUGUUUUUCUUCAUUAAACUUAUUUUGUAAAUCAGUUGUGCUGUAUCCCUGUUUGACUGCUGAAAUGACAUUUGGAUCACAGUUGUCUGUUCUAGAUUAAUAGGCAGUGUGUCUAUAUAGGGAGUUUUACUGUGAUGGCAUGUAAAUGGACGAACAGAACUUGAUUCUGUCUCAUUUUUGCUCUUGGCUGAAGCAUCUAGGCAGUUCCGUGAGUAUAUUUUAAAAGCCCAGUCAAUGCCUUCCUUAUCUCCCAGGGAAUGUAGUGUUGGACAAGGCCCCGUGCCACUGGAAUCUGGCACUGCCUUGACUUUGUAAGAGAAAAACAGGUUAAAAAUGUGGCUUUGUAGCAUUGGCAGCACCCACUUCAGUCUUGCCUUACGUCACCAAGAUCAAAAGAGAGAGCUGUCAGUGACAGCCAUGUCGUUCAUGUCAUUGCACUUCACAGGCAGCUUCCAGCCGCCUGAAGGGGAUCAAAGAUGGAAGAGAGAAAUCUGGCUGUCUCCAUCCUGGAAAUUCACUGCAACUGCGCUGAUGUGGCUGCGGUGUCCGUGAGCCAGCCACGUGUCCUUAGGGGUUGAUUGAUGCAUCUGUUUAUCCUGAGACUGGCACCAGCCUGAGGUAAAACAUGAAAAGUUUUUGUCUGGCAGCUGCCCCAUUAUGGAGUUGUGCCUUCUGGGUCAGAGAUGAAAGGAGCUGGCUGUAACCCUGUGCAACUGAAACCCUUUUUCCGAAGGAGAAGAUUUUGAAAGGCAACCUUGAGAUAAUCCUUUUUGCUCUGCUGUUUCAUUGACAGAGGUACUGCACGUGCUGAUGGCAUCCAGCUGGUGGCUUACUGUGAUCCUGAGACCUAUAAAGAGCUGGAUAGAAAGCUGGAAAGAUGUGCUGCUCCUUCCUGCAGUCUGAUCGAUGCAGCCCUCUGAGAAGUUCUUCUCCAUUCUGUGCCUUGCCUUGUUUCUUGAAGCUUUGCUUUCCAAACAGAGACAUCCAGUUAAAAUGCAGAGUCUUCCGUUUAAACUGCAUUCCUCAGAGUGAUCUCUUCCCAGUUCCAAGCAGUAAACCACAGCUAAAACAGUAACAGAGAGCUGCUGUGCACAGCGAGGCGAGGCAACAUCUGGAUUUGUUCGGCCCUGCUGGCAGUCAGAGCUCUGAUGUCAGAAGGAACAAGGAUGUAUCAGAAGUCCCCUCACUCUUGAGUUUAUUAGACCACUUUGGGAGUCACUUACCUUUGGAUGGUGUGGUGCUACAUAAAUGUGAGAUGUCACCCAGUGCUGCUUGUGCUGGUGACAGCUCCAUUCUUCCCAGACCUGCCCUGUGAAGCCACUGGAAGCAGCUGCAGAGCAAUGAGCUGCCUGUGUGUUUCUGGAACUCUGAAGGAAAUGAUGGCAAAUGAGCCAAAAGCAUCGUGUGAGUCAAAAGGCACAGAAGUGCUGCCAAGCAGCAGUUCCCACCACGGCAGGAAUGGCUCCUGGGCUGGUGAAUUCCAGAGAAAUGGCUCUGUGGUGGCUGGCAGAGACAGGAGCAAGGCAGCAGAUGAUGAACUUCCCAUUUGAGGCUGAAUGCUACACUUGAGUUUCGUACCUCAUCCUGUACCUUGUCCUGAAGUCAAAACCAGCUGCACAGAGUGGGAGGCUGAGGGGAAGCUGCAGAAAGACUGUGGGAGAGCAAAGAUUCCAAAUUAAAGCUGGAACAGUUAAGAAAUGCAGACACCUCUGCUGCAAGAGGAUGUGGGACUUCAUGGAGACUAUGUUCCAGAUCAGGCUGGUAAAGAGCAGCAGAUCCAAAGAGAGUUCCAGAGCAGAGCCAGGCCAUACGGGUUGGUGAUCCCCAUCAGCACGGCCGCAGAUGGCAGCUACGUGUCCAACAUCCUGUCGGCGAGCCGCCAGCGGCGAUGGGCGCGGGAGGCGCCGCAGAGCCCCAGGGAGCUCUACUUCAACGUCAGCGCCUUCGGCAGGGAGUUCCACCUCCGCCUGAGGCCCAACACGCGGCUGGUGGCUCCCCAGGCCGUGGUGGAGUGGUACGGAGACUCUCUGGAGCCUGGCAGCCAUGGUGGUAACGCGAGUCAGGCUGGAAGCGCCGCGGAGCGCUUGUGGAAGAGAGAGCCCCUGUGGACCAACUGCGCCUAUGUGGGGGACAUCACGGACAUGCCCGGAGCUGCCGUGGCCAUCAGCAACUGUGAUGGGCUGGCUGGAAUGAUAAGAACUGAUGAGGAUGAAUACUUCAUUGAGCCUUUGGAAAGAGGCAAGCAGAUGGAGGAGGAGAAGGGAAGAAUCCACAUGGUGUACAGGCGGUCGGCGGUAGCGCAGCAUCCCACCGACGUGCUCCCCGAUGUGCACACAGGAGAGUCCCUCCUCGCUGGCCUCGGAGCACUGGCUUCCCUGCACGGGCACCUUGAGCAGCAGCUGAACGAGACCCUGCGGCGCCGCCGCCACGCGGGGGACAACGACCACAACAUCGAGGUGCUGCUGGGCGUGGACGACUCUGUUGUGCGAUUCCACGGCAAAGAGCACGUCCAAAACUACCUCCUCACCCUCAUGAACAUCGUGAACGAAAUUUACCACGACGAGUCCCUGGGAGUCCACAUCAACGUCGUGCUGGUCCGAAUGAUCAUGUUGGGCUACGCCAAGUCCAUCAGCCUGAUCGAAAGGGGGAACCCCUCGCGCAGCCUGGAGAACGUGUGCCGCUGGGCCUAUCAGCAGCAGAAGUCGGACCCCAGCCACGCUGAGCACCACGACCAUGCCAUCUUCUUAACCAGGCAAGAUUUUGGGCCCGCUGGUAUGCAAGGAUAUGCUCCUGUGACGGGCAUGUGCCACCCGGUCCGGAGCUGCACCCUCAACCACGAGGACGGGUUUUCGUCAGCCUUUGUUGUUGCUCAUGAGACUGGGCACGUGCUGGGCAUGGAGCACGAUGGGCAAGGGAACAGAUGUGGGGACGAGACGGCGAUGGGCAGUGUCAUGGCCCCCUUGGUGCAGGCCGCCUUCCACCGCUACCACUGGUCCCGCUGCAGCGGCCAGGAGCUCAGGAGAUACAUCCACUCUUAUGACUGUCUUCUCGACGACCCCUUUGAGCAUGACUGGCCCAAGCUUCCUGAGCUGCCAGGCAUCAACUAUUCCAUGGAUGAGCAGUGCCGUUUCGACUUCGGCGUGGGCUACAGGAUGUGCACAGCAUUCCGAACCUUUGAUCCUUGCAAGCAGCUGUGGUGCAGCCAUCCCGAUAACCCCUACUUCUGCAAGACCAAGAAGGGGCCUCCCCUCGACGGCACGGAGUGUGCCCCAGGAAAAUGGUGCUACAAGGGUCACUGCAUGUGGAAGAACACCAACCAGCUGAAGCAGGAUGGACACUGGGGACCCUGGACCAAGUUUGGCUCCUGCUCACGGACCUGUGGGACUGGGGUUCGCUUCCGCACGCGCCAGUGCAACAACCCAAUGCCCAUCAACGGAGGUGACGACUGCGCCGGGGUCAAUUUUGAGUUCCAGCUGUGCAGCACCGAGGAGUGUCCGAAGCACUUUGAGGACUUCAGGGCACAGCAGUGCCAGCAGCGCAAUUCCCACUUCGAGUUCCAGGGCAGCCGGCACCACUGGCUGCCCUACGAGCACCCUGACCCUCCCAAGAGAUGUCACCUGUACUGCCAGUCCCGAGAAACAGGGGACGUGGCUCAUAUGAAGCAGCCGGUGCACGAUGGGACUCGCUGCUCCUACAGGGAUCCCUACAGCAUCUGUGUCCGUGGGGAAUGCGUGAAAGUGGGCUGUGACAAGGAAAUUGGCUCCAGCAAGGCGGAGGACCAGUGCGGGGUGUGCGGCGGGGACGACUCCCACUGCCGGACCGUGAAGGGGACCUACACCCGCACUCCCAAAAAGCUCGGGUACCUUAAGAUGUUUGAUAUCCCUCCUGGGGCUCGACAUGUGUUCAUCCAAGAAGACGAGGCCUCUCCUCACUUUCUGGCAAUCAAGAACCAGGCUACAGGACACUAUAUCCUGAAUGGGAAAGGGGAGCAGGCCAGAUCCCGGUCCUUCAUCGACCUGGGCGUGCAGUGGGAGUACAGCAUCGAGGACAACACGGAGACGCUGCACACGGACGGGCCCCUGCACGACGCCGUGGUGGUGCUGAUCAUUCCUCGGGAGAACGACACCAGAUCCAGCCUGACCUACAGAUACAUCAUCCACGAGGAUUCGGUGCCGACCAUCCACAGCAACAACGUGCUGCGGGAGGACACGGACACCUUCGAGUGGGCCUUGAAGAGCUGGUCCCAGUGCUCCAAACCCUGCGGUGGAGGGUUCCAGUACACCAAGUACGGGUGCCGCAGGAAGGGCAACAACAAGAUGGUUCAUCGAAGCUUCUGCGAAGGCAGCAAAAAGCCAAAGCCCAUCCGCAGGAUGUGCAACCUGCAGGAGUGCACAGAGCCCCUCUGGGCAGCAGAUGAGUGGGAGCACUGCACCAAAACGUGUGGGAAUUCUGGCUACCAGCUGCGCACGGUGCGCUGCAUCCAGCCCCUCGCGGACGGCACCAACCGCUCCGUGCCCGCCAAGCUCUGCGGCGGGGAUCGCCCCGAGAGCCGGCGCUCCUGCAACCGGGCGCCGUGCCCCGCGCCCUGGAAAGCCGGGCCCUGGUCCCAGUGCUCGGUGACGUGCGGGGAGGGGACGGAGAGCCGGCAGGUGCUGUGCCGCGCUGGGGACCGCUGCGAGGGGGAGCGGCCACAGUCCGUCAGGGCCUGUAAACUCGCUCCCUGUGAUGAUGAGCCCUGCCUGGGAGACAAGUCCAUCUUCUGCCAGAUGGAAGUGCUGGCGCGGUACUGCUCCAUCCCUGGCUACCACAGGCUGUGCUGCGAGUCCUGCGGCCGGCGAAGCAGCAGCUUCCCAGCACCCGGAGGGGCUGGCACCGAGGGGGAUGCGGCACUGGAUGCGGGCAGCCUGCCGAGGGCUCCAACGGCGCCCGCGGUGCCCGCCGGGGCUCGGCCGCUGCCCGGGAGCAGCUCUCCAAGCCGGCUGCCUUGGGAAGCACAGCAGGCCGAGCGGCGCACGCCGCCAUCCAGCCCCGAGCCCAGAGGUGCCAGCAGCGUUCCGCACUGGAGAGCUCCCGCGGCUGGCAAGACUUCACGGCUGUUGGCUUUGCUGCAGCAGGCCCCUGCCAACAGCAGCAGCCUCAGCUCUGGCAGUGCCCCGGCGCUGGCUCUGCCUCUGGUGGCAGCGGGGGCUCCUGCACCAGCCAGGACCUCCGGGAAGGGCGAGGGGCCCGAAGGGAAGCGAUGGCCUCCGAGGGCCGCCCCUGUGGAACGAUGAGCGGGAAGGCUCGUGCAGGACAGCCACGGCAAGGGGCUGUUUGGCACUCUGUGUGACUCCCUGACCUCCGGACACCGCGGAGCGCGCUGCGUGCCCCGGGCAGGGCACUGCAGGGCACAGCUCGUCCCCUGUAAAUACAAAGGACAAGAAGUGCUGGUUCACUUUCUGGUGCUCCCGGCCUCCUCCCACCCCUCCUUCCCAGGCCGGCUGGGACACGCAGAGGAAACACUACGGGAACCUUCCUGGCAGUGAGUGGGAGUUGCUGAGGGCUCUGUCCAGCUCUGGGCCCAAAAGUUAGCCCUCACCUCAGCAGCCCCGUGGUUUUGGGCUCUGAACACCCGCAUUGCAGGAAAUGCCCCACUGCAGGCAGGACCAGGCAUGGACACUCAACAAAACACUUGUCCCAGCCCGAAUGAACCCUCAGGACUCGUGUCUCCCUGGAAACAGACGUUGCACGAGCACCACUGCAGCUGUUGGGUAAAUGCAGGAAAGCGGCAUUAUUGUAAGAGUUUUGUGCUGUCCCACAACUGUUUUCCUGUAUUGUUCCAGUGCCAGGUGCCGGCCAUCAAGUUCUGCCAUUCCAAGGGCUGGUGUUUAAAGCAGUUUCAAGGUGGAUUUCAAGGUGUGAGAGAUAUUUAUAUUUCCAGCGUGGAUCAGCUCCAAACCUCCCCGCCCGUGGCGCAUCCGACUGCAAGAAUUAAUUUAUGUCCAUCCCCACCUUGUCCCAGCCCAGCUGGCCGCGCAGUCCCCGGCACGGCGCUGUAAAGUACUUGUGUAUAGGAGUGAGAACUGCAGAUAUUUAUUAAAAGUGGGUUUCUUGACAGUA